AUUUUAUCUGCAAUUGCUCUAUCCAUUUGCUUCUCUCGCAACCAAUAUCCAAUGGUUGGAGUGAUACCAAAUCCUUCCCACCAUUUCUAUCUUCUUCAAACCUCAAAAACCCACAAAGAAACCCAACAACUCCACGCCCUAUCCCUCAAAACCAACACUUUCGCUCACCCAUCAAUCUCCUCUCGCAUCCUCUCUCUUUAUGCUGACCCGAAAGUCAACAAUCUUGAAUAUGCUAUUUCUAUUUUCUCUAAAAUCCAACAACCCACUUUGGUUCUCUUUAAUAUAAUUAUUAAGUGCUACAUUGAAAACCAAUUAUCUCAUGAUGCCAUUUCUCUUUUUUCUGAAUUGAUUCAUGAUUUUAAACCUGAUUGUUUUACUCUGCCUUGUGUGAUUAAGGGUUGUGCAAGGUUACAUGCAAUUAAAGAAGGGAAACAGAUUCAUGGGUUGGUUUUGAAACUUGGGUUUGGUUUUGAUAAGUUUGUACUGAGUAGUUUGGUUAAUAUGUAUGCAAAAUGUGAAGAGAUUGAUAGUGCAGAGAAAGUUUUUGUUUCAAUGGAUUAUAAAGAUUUAGUGUCAUGGAAUUCUUUGCUUGAUGGUUAUGUUAAAUGUGGUCAAGUUGAGUUAGCAAUGAAGUUGUUUGAAGAAAUGCCUGAAAGGGAUUUGUUUUCUUGGACUGUCUUGAUUGAUGGGUUUUCCAAGAGUGGAAAAGUUGAUGUUGCUAGGGAGUUAUUUGAUAUGAUGCCUGAUAGGAAUUUGGUUUCUUGGAAUGCCAUGAUCAAUGGGUACAUGAAAUCAGGGUGCUUUGUGUUGGCCUCUGAAUUGUUUAAUAGGAUGCCUAAGAAAAAUUUGAUCUCGUGGAAUUCAAUGAUUGCUGGUUAUGAUUUGAACGGGAGGUAUAGGGAAGCUUUGCAGUUGUUUGUACAUAUGUUGGAAGGGGAUUCUAUGCCUAGUCAUGCUACAUUAGUGAGUGUUUUUUCUGCAGUUUCUGGAGUGGCUAGUCUUAGUAAAGGAAAAUGGAUACAUUCAUUCAUGGUUAAAAAUGGUUUUGAAUUAGAUGGUGUUCUUGCUACAUCAUUGAUAGAUAUGUAUUCCAAGUGUGGGAGCAUUGAGAGUGCUCUAACUGUUUUUCAGUUGAUACGAAGGAAGAAGUUAGGGCAUUGGACUGCUAUACUAGUUGGCUUAGGAAUGCAUGGCAUGGCUGAAGAUGCUCAAGAAUUAUUUAAUGAAAUGCGCAGGAUUGGAAUGAAGCCUCAUGCUAUAAUAUUUAUCGGUUUGUUGAAUGCUUGUAGUCAUGCAGGAUUGGUUGAUGAUGGUCGUCAAUAUUUUAAGAUGAUGACUAAUGAAUAUGGAAUUGAACCUUCAAUUGAACACUACGGUUGUUUGGUGGAUAUUUUAUGUCGAGCUGGACAUCUUGAAGAGGCAAAGAACAUCAUUGAGCAUAUGCCUAGGGCACCAAACAAGGUAAUUUGGAUGAGUUUGCUUAGUGGAGCUAGGAUCCAUGGAAACAUCGAUAUUGGUGAGUAUGCAGCUAGUCGUUUGAUUGAGGUAGCUCCGGAGACUAUUGGAUGCUAUGUUGUUCUCUCUAAUAUGUAUGCUGCAAUUGGUCUUUGGGACAAGGUUUCACAAGUAAGAGGAAUUAUGAAAAGGAGAGGGAUUAGGAAGGACCCGGGAUGUAGUUUAAUAGAACAUGGAGGCAAGCUUCAUGAGUUUAUUGCUAGUGAUAGAUCACAUCCACAAACAAAAGAGAUAUAUUUCAAGCUGAGAGAGAUGGGGGAGAAACUCAAACUUGAGGGACAUGUGCCUGACACAAGCCAGGUUCUUCUAUGCAUUGAAGAAGUGGAAGAGAAGAAAGCAGAACUGGAAACUCAUAGUGAAAGGUUAGCUAUCGCGUUUGGACUGAUUAAUAUGGGUUCUGGAAGUCCUAUUCGCAUCAUCAAGAACCUCCGAGUUUGUAAUGACUGUCAUACUGUGACUAAACUUUUGUCUAAAAUCUACAGCCGCGAAAUUAUUGUGAGAGAUAAUAGCCGUUUCCAUCAUUUUAAACAUGGAACCUGUUCCUGCAAGGAUUUUUGGUGAUUGUUUUGGCUUAACGGAAUGGAGCCGUAUUUUGUUUUUCUCAGAUUGGAAGCAUCAGGCAGUCCCUAGUUAUUGAUAUAGGAAAAUUAUUGCUACUGCUUGUGUAACUUGUUCAGAAUUUUAGCAGCCACAGAAUUUACAGAGGGAGAGAUGAGAAUAUGCUAGGGAGUAAUGGAGCUGUUGUUGCAACUGUAUGAAAGACUGAAAACAUUUGAUAUUACUGGUGUGGCUAAAUUAUUAAAUUUUAUGGCACAUUCCAACAAUAUAGAUGGGUUCACGCACAAAGGAGUCUGAUGUAUUAAUGAUACAAUACUUCCAGAAUCCAGACAAUCAGUUUCCACUACUAUAACACGAGUAAUGUUGGAGUCGACAACAAGAGCAUUUCAACCGAAGGACAGGACUGAGUAAUGUUACAACCUAAUGGCAUGUAAUGAUUCUCUUCAUUUUCCAGGAACAAAGUUAGUGGCGUAGGCCCAUGCAUUGUUGGCCACUGGAUCCGCAAGGUGAUCAGAGAGGUUCUCUAUGGGUCCCUUUCCAGUGACAAUAGCCUGAACGAAGAA